CUCAUUCACUCACUACCAUCUCCAUCUUCCUCUUUCAACAAUCAUGGCUAGAUCAACAACAACUCAAACCCCUUGUUUGCUUGUUUGGAGUCUUGUUGCAGCUUUGAUCUCCCAAACCUUGCUUUUACCCGUCUCUUCUUCAUCCUUUCAUGAUCAAAAGAACUUCUUCUACUUCCCUCCGGUCAUCCCCGGAACUCCCCCAAUCGACCCCGGAACUCCUCCAAUCGAUCCCGGAUCUCCUCCGGUUACCCUAACACCACCCGUUGUCCCUUCACCACCCAUUGUCCCUUCUCCGCCUAUUGUCCCUUCUCCGCCCACAGGUGGCUACACUUAUCCACCUCCUACACAUGGCUCAGGAAGCCCACCACCGGUUCAUCAUUCACCACCUCACCAUGGUGGUGAUCAUCACCAUGGAGGAAGCCCACCUUCCAACUGUGGAAACCCUACACCACCCAAGCAUGUUGAUCCUUCUCCUCCUCACCAUCACAACCCUUCACCAUCUCCUCCUUACCAUCACAACCCUUCACCAUCUCCUCCAACCGGUGGAUAUCACUACAACCCACCAUCCAGUGGUGGCACACCACCCACUCCCACUGUCCCUUCUUAUUCACCACCAGUCGUACUUCCUCCCACCACUCCUAGCUCACCUCCAUUUGACCCCAACACACCCCCCAUUGGUGGUACAUGCGACUUCUGGAGGAACCACCCAGGGAUAAUAUGGGGUUUGUUUGGGUGGUGGGGAACAACCAUGGGCUCAGCAUUCGGUACACCAACACUUCCCGGAACCGGAUCACAACUCAACUUGCUGCAAGCACUAUCAAACACCCGAACCGACGGCUUCGGUGCACUCUACAGGGAAGGAACUGCUUCACUACUAAACUCAAUGGUCAACAAGAACUUCCCUUACUCAACCAGCCAUGUGAAAGACAGUUUCGUGGCUGCAGUCGGCUCCAACAAGGCUGCCGCGGCUCAGGCUAGGGUGUUCAAGCUUGCUAAUGAGGGUCAUAUGAAGCUUAGAGUCUAAUAUAUUAUAUAGCAUUUGUGUCUUUGCAGUUAAUUAAUUGAGUGUUAGUAUUUACUGGUUUUAUGUGUUUGUUAUGCAUUUUUUUUCUUGUUGACUAUGUGUCUCGAGGUUAAAUUUCUUAUGUCCCCAUUAUUUGUCGUCCACUUUUAUAUAUUUUACAUGAAUUCUAUGUCAAAUGUCUUGGUUAA